AUUCUGACAGCAAUAGCUUCAAUGUUAUUGUUUUGGUCAGGGGAUUUUCUUAUUUUAAUCACAAACUGAUAACAUUUCAUCAAUACUACCAACGUUUAGUUGCUUAUUUGCGCCCUGUAAACAUAGUGAAUAAACGUGUGUGCCCAUGAGCUAGUCGAACACAAGAUGAACAUCGAAAGUGCUGCUGUGAAUAUUCUGAAGAGAGGUGUGGAGUUGGACACAAAGAAACGGUACACUGAAGCCCUGGUCUGCUACCAAGAAGGUCUGCAGAUAUUAGUGGAUAAAAUGAAAGGUGAACCUGACGAUUCAGUAAGGACCUAUCUUAGGAAAAAGGUGGAAGAAUACAUGAAUAGGGCAGAGACAAUCAAGAGGAUAGUGCUACACCAGAAAGAGACUGGCCAGUUCCAUGAACAGGUUCACAUAGAGAAUAAUUCUACUGGCCACGGAUAUAAAACAUUAUUUGGAAGGUUUCUGGAUGCUGAUGUAGACUUUGUUAUAGUUGAAGACCCUUAUAUUAGGAGCUUCCAUCAGUGUCAAAACUUUUUAAGACUGUGUGAAUUGUUAGUAAGAUCCUGCCCCAACCUAAGGCACAUAGAGCUUCUUACAUCCAAAGAUGCUAAGACAGAAGGAGAUCAAAGGGAGUGGCUAAAAAGCUUAGGGAAUGAUCUUCAAAAGUACAAAGUUAAACUACUGGUGAAAUAUUCAGAGACUCUACAUGAUAGACAAAUUACACUCAGCUCGGGUUGGAUAAUUAAAAUAGGUCGAGGUCUAGACUUCUACAAGGCUCCAGAGAACAAGUUUUGCCUUGGUGUGUAUGACCUGGAGCUCAGACAGUGUCAUGAAACUACAGUGGAUAUUGUACACUCAAAAAAUGUGAAACAAUCUUAUGGAUGAUGAUAAAUUGCAUGUUUUAGUGCAGUGCCUUAGAAUUUAAGUGAAAUGGACUUCUCAAAUUGC